AUGUGUCGAAGAGAUGAUAUAAUGACCUCCGGAAACUUGCUUUGGGAAUACAAAGCUGCUGAAACAGCAAGGCACAGUAUGGUCAAGAUCAAUGGCAUGGCUUUGGUAUUGGCAGCCAACUCGACGGUUACCAGUGGACUGACCACCUUGUACACCAAGAUAGCCAUCCUUGCCGAUCAAACCCUAACUAUUACUUCCGACUCUGAACUCUUUUUCGGGGAAGACCAUCCUUCAGUGGAAAGACGGAAGAAGUUGGUGAGAGGAAAGGGAGGCCUAUCACUUUUGGUGGUCCGAGUCACAACCAACGAUGCCUCCUUGAGCAAUGACGCAGCUGAAAUUGGUGACACAUCUUUGGUACAAAAGGAGAUGUUGUCAACCUGCAAUCCAAUGUGGAAGACUGGUCCAACAUGGAUCACAAUCUCGAGAUUGAGCCCUUGUCUGAAACGUACACGGGAGGCCUCGCUGGAGUCGACAAGCUCCCGAAACUUACUAGUGACGAGAACAUUGUAUUAA